CACUAGACCGGCAUUAGACGUUUCGGCGUGCGACUUACCGCACUAUACCGCCGGCCGCCACGCUGCAGUCGCGUGAUCCGCGGGCGAAACCGUUACACCGACGACGGGCGUUCGUAUACGCGUGACCGUUGACAGUUAAAACAAUACGAUUUAAACCGCACUUCGACCGGACCUAUAAUAGUUGUUGUAUUCGACGACGGUUCGCUAUCGACGAGAAACGUUUUGAAACGAUCGAAUCGUUCGGUCGGCGCUAUAAUAUAAUCCGUAUCAAUAUAUCAAACCGUUUUCGGCGAUAAAACGCGAGGGAAUAUCCGCUUCCGCGGGGUAUAUAUUUUAUUUACACGCGCAAUAGCAUGCCACAGUAUUAUCUACGGCAAGACGACGUCGCACCGGGUUCGUUACCGGCGAAACACGCGUUCUGAUACCAUCACCCGUCGUCGAUAGUAUUAUAAUAUUAUCGUAAUAAUAAUAUCAUUACGAGAUCGUUGCUGUGGUGCGCGACACGACUAUGCCGCGGCGAGCCAACGCGGUCUUCGGCGGACGGACAGAAAUUAUAUUUUAGAAACGGUAAUCGUGUGAUAUUUUGCACGGUAUAUGCGUAUAAAAUGAUAAUCAUUGUAUUAUUAGAUAUUGUUGAAUUUUCAAUUUAAAACUGUUUACAAUCAAAGAAUGAACGCUCUAUUAUAUCUUUUCAUGCUGUACAUACUCGAAUGUGUUGGCUUAAGGGACUUGAAAAUCCACGUCCCAGUGGCAGUAAGAUCUGGAUCCAUACUGCGAAUGAACUGUACAUAUGAUUUGGAAAAUACGGCACUGUAUUCAAUAAAAUGGUAUCUGAGGGAUCAAGAAUUCUAUCGAUUUGUGCCAAAAGAAUCGCCCCCCACCCGUGUUUUUCCAAUGUCUGGAAUUAUAGUUAAUGUACAAGAAUCCGACGAAAACAAAGUAACCAUUGUGAACGUCCAAAGGGAAUUGACGGGAUAUUAUAAAUGCGAAGUCUCGGCGGACGCACCGCUAUUCCACACCGGUAUUAAGACAAAACUCACAUACGUCACUAAUGAACCGUCGUCUCCUCCGACGUUGCACACGAACAGAAUGAAGUACUCAUCGGGUGAUCUAAUUAACGUCAGUUGCAUUGCCGGCGAAAGCUAUCCAGCUGUCAACAUUAGUUGGUUCUUAAAUAAUCAAACGGCUGAUAGCAUGAAAUCGGUACGUAUCAAAACCACAUACGAACAUAAGGUUUCCGAACUAGUGAUAAUGAGAUCCUAUCUAAUUACAAGAGCUAGUACGUUGUUAUUUCCAACUGGCCGUAUUAAAGUAAUAUGUGAAAUUUCUCAAUUCGACUUGUACAAAUCGUCGUCUGAAAUGGAACUGGUUGACAACGCACCACCAAAAUCGGCACAAGUCAUCGCUCCAAGUCUGUCACCACAUUCUACAGGUAAAGCUCCAAGAUUACAGAAUUGGGCGUCGAUUAUGUUCAUCAUGUUAUUUAUCGCCAACACCAAACUUCUGUAAUUAUUAUAAUAUUCAUAACUGGAAACUGAACUGACCGGCUACGUUACAAUUAUUCAAAUAAUACUAUAAAAUAUAUAAUAAUAAAUAGAAAGUUGAUAUAGUCUUAUAAUAUAUAAGAUAAUUAAAAAUAUAUAUUAUAUUUUAAUGAUGUUUACCUAAUGACCCGUGCAAACACUAGAUUUUUUUUUAAAGUUAAUGUGUUCUACUAAUUUGUUGAUUAUGUGUAAUUAUUAUUGUUAAGCUGAUAAAAAAAAUUAUUUGAUAUAAUAAUUGUUGUUAUUA